GUGAUGCUGGUGGGCGACUCAGGGGUCGGCAAAACCUGCUUGCUGGUGCGGUUCAAAGACGGCGCUUUCCUGGCCGGCAGCUUCAUUUCCACGGUUGGAAUCGACUUCAGGAAUAAGGUGCUGACGGUGGAUGGGGUGAAGGUGAAGCUGCAGAUCUGGGACACGGCCGGGCAGGAGCGCUUCCGCAGCGUCACCCACGCCUACUACCGGGAUGCCCACGCCCUGCUCCUGCUCUACGAUGUCACCAACAAAGCGUCCUUCGACAACAUCCAGGCUUGGCUGACAGAGAUUCACGAAUACGCACAGCAAGAUGUGGUCCUCAUGUUACUGGGAAACAAGGUGGAUUCAGCCCAGGACAGAGUGGUGAAAAGGGAAGAUGGAGAAAAAUUAGCCAAGGAGUACGGAGUGCCCUUCAUGGAGACCAGCGCAAAAAGUGGCCUCAACGUUGAAUUAGCCUUCACAGCCAUCGCAAAAGAACUGAAGCACAGGUCCAUGAAGCUGCCCAACGAGCCCAAAUUUAAACUCCAUGACUACGUGAAGAAGGAAGUGAGAGGCUCGGGCUGCUGCAGGUCCUAAUGCGCUCGGUGCAUUUGUACAGACUCAUGCCAAGUGUUUGUGCGCCGCGCUCUCUCCUCGUGGACGUGUGCAUGUCUGUCUGUCGUGUCUGUAUCUGCCUAAAAGGUGAGCCCAGACGUGGGGAAUGGAAGAAGCAGCAGCAGAAAAAGCUCUCCAGGCUGCGGCGGGCGCUGGCUGUGCUGCAGCCACCUGCUAGGCGCUGCUCCCCGAGCGCCCACUGCAUCCAUCCACACCACGAGCCCUCCGGCUUCCCUGGCCAGUCGCUCCCACCCGGCUCACAGCCGCUCAUCCCCUUGAUGGGGGGCUCAGGAGGGGAGUGGGCUGGUGUCUCCUGUUGUGCCCCCCAGGGCUGUUUCCACCAUUCAGCAGCAGCCAGGAGUAUUAUGAGGCUUCUUUAACGAUAGUAAGAAUUACAGUGUGAUUAAGGGCAAUGAAUGCUUCUCCCCACCAAAUAUCUGGGUAGGAAAAAGCCCCAAAUUCCCCUUUCUUUCCCCACGUACCUGGAAUUCAGCUGUUCAGAGCCUGGGGCACAUGGAGACUUGUUUUCAAGGCAACCAGUUUUGUAGUUGCUUACUUCUGUCUGUCCAUCUUUCAUGUGGUGUGACACACCUCCCCGAUGAGGGUUUCUCCUCUUCCCCAUAGAAGACAAGCGCUUAGCUGUUGGUCUGAGUAAGCUCCUGCUAACCUUCUGUUGUACAGAGAUUUCCUGAAUGUUUGUCUGUUUGGUAAAGGCUUUGGUUCUCUUACUUCUGCCGUUUCUGGUACUUUAAUUCAGAAGAAAUCUAAUGUAUUGCAGCUUAUUCUAAAUACCUUCAUGUAGGUGUGAUGAUAGAGUUUUUAGACUGCAACAGUGCUUUGAUAUCUUCAAAGUUCUCUUGGGACAGCUCUUUCUUUUAACUGAAGAAAGCUGGGGGGAACGCUGUAGGCAUUGAUUUUACAGGUUUCAGACUCUCCUGCCAGCUCUGUUCAAUGGACUCCUCACCCCUUUGGUCUGUUUUUUUUUUUUUUUUUUUUUUUAAAGCUGCACUUCUUAAGUACAAAUUCGAAUCUGGAUCAAGUGUUUGGCCUUUGGCAGUUUUCUAAUUUGAAAAUUCCAGGUACCUGCUACACUCAACCUCCCCACACUGCCCUAAAUUGACCAUUUAAAAUAAAAUAA